AUAGCCAGUGCUUACACAGUUCAAAAUAUGCAACGUGAUUGUUAGAAACAUGGCGACUGUAGCUGUGAAAGAUGUUAGUAAUUACUUAUCAACCAAACAACGAGAAGAAUCUAGUAAAGAAGUCGCGUCAGUUUGGGCUCAGCUUGAGGAUUUAUACAACAGAAGAUUAUGGCAUCAGAUAACUCUUCUGCUGGAAUCUUUUGUCACUCAUGACUCCUUGCAAAAGAAGGACAGCCUAAUUCAGCUGUACAACAACUUCAUACAGGUGUUUGAGAAUAAGAUAAAUCCACUGUCACUGGUAGAAAUCGUUGCCCAUGUUGUGGUACAGUUCGAAGAUAAAAGAGAAGCGAUUUCAUUUUUGGAGAAAAUCGAGGCCAAAGUAAAAAGUAACAAUGAAGCUGUUGCGUUGUGUAAAGUGUUAGCAGGUCAGAUAUUACUUGACAAACUAAAUGAUCAAGAUGGCACCAAGAAAUUGAUAGAUGAAAUUGAAAAGAUGCUCGAUGAAGAAGAUGGCAUAACAACAGUACACGGACGUUUUUACCUAUUGGCUAGCCAACUGUACAGAUUGCAAGGGAAACAUGCAGAUUAUUAUCGCACAGCUUUACGGUACUUGGGCUGUAUUGAGUUGUCUAAAUUAUCUAGGGAACAACAGGUGCAACAUGCAUUUUUUCUUGGAUUAGCUGCUCUUCUCGGUGAAGGAGUGUACAAUCUGGGAGAGCUGUUGGCACAUCCUGUACUUGAGACCUUAAGAGACACAGAUAAGGCAUGGCUAGCAGAAUUGUUGUCUGCUUUCAAUGCAGGUGACAUUGCACAGUUUGAACGUAUGAAGCCCCAAUGGUCUGCUGUCCCUGACCUGGCAGCUGAACAGUUACGUCUACGCCAGAAGAUCUCAUUGCUCUGUCUUAUGGAGAUGACUUUCAAGCGGGCUGCCACGGACAGACAACUCACUUUCGAAGAAAUAGCACGAGAAACUCGCCUUCCUAUUGGAGAAGUGGAACUUCUAGUAAUGAAGGCCCUUGCUCAAGGAUUGGUCCGAGGUGCUAUAGACCAGGUUGCAGCCACCGUCCACAUGACAUGGGUCCAGCCCCGUGUACUUGAUAAGCAACAGAUCUCCUCCAUGGUUCAACGCCUCGAUGUUUGGUGCAAUGAUGUUAGUGCAAUGGAAACGCUCUUGGAAACACGUGCUCAUGAAUUUCUUACUUUGUAACAGCAGUGUUAAUUGUUUUAUAACAGUUUUGAUUUCAUUUGCUGAAAUGUGUGUAUGAAUGAGAAGUGGAAAUGUGUGAUAAAUCAUCCAUCUGUAACAUUU